AUGCACUCCUCCUCUUGCUCCCCUUUUCCCUGCUCUACUCCUCAUCCCCGUGCACUACUCCUCAUCCCCGUGCACUACUCCUCAUCCCCGUGCACUACUCCUCUUCCCCGUGCGCUCCUCUUCUCCAUCCUCUUCUCCAUCGACACCUCUCAUCAGUCCUCUUCUCCGUACACACCUCUCAUCCUCGUUUUGGUGCACCUCUUAUUCUUUCAUACGCUCUUCUCAUUCGUACUUUCGUACACUUCUGUCAUCCUCGGUACAGUCACAUUGUCAUCCGUCGUACACUCCUCUAGUCGUUUUCAUGGGGCGAGUCCUUUCAACUGUGUGCUGGCUUCUCUCUCAUCGCGCAUUGCUGUGAGUGCAAAAUUGACGUACCUGCUGCAGUUCUGCCACUAUUGUGAUGGAUUGAGAGCACCCACCUCUCCUGUGAUGUUUCGCUCAUUGAAGCGUGCAAGGCACGGUGGUGCCCGCAUCGAGGUCUACAGGUCGUCGCGCCCGAGCCAGGAUGAAGAUUUGCCCCAUUGUGUCGUGCAGCCAUCCGUUCUCCAGCGCCAUAUCACAUACUCGUUCUUGCGGAAUGGGAAGGUCACUACUCGCACCUCAUUCCUAGACACUGUUGAUGAUCGCAGUCGCAACUCUGCUGCCUCUGGUUUGGUUGAACAAGGAGAUGCGUCAAGCAUGCAGGACUCCUUCGCGGACAGUAGUACGUGGCAGGAUCGAUAUUCUGAUCUUGACAUUGAGUAUAUCCACCACAUUGAGCUUGAUGAUGUCGAUGGCUGGGCUCGGAAGCGCACUGCUGCUGAUAAUCCCCUCCUGCAGUGGGUACCUGAGAUCGACAAUUGGCUGGGAGAGCUCAUUCAUCUUGAGGGAAGAUGCGGGUACACAGACGAGCUUUGCCCGGGUUGCGAAACUGAUCAAGCCACUAUACGUUGUGAAGACUGUCAGGAUUUGCGGGUCUACUGCAUGGCGUGUACCGUGAAUAGGCACGCUGGAAGCCCCUUUCACUGGCUGAAAGCUUUGACCGACACUCAUUUUCACCGCGAGACACUCAAGAAUUUGGGCUUGCAUCUGCAGCUUGGACAUGCACCCGGGGAUCAAUGCCCAAAUCCCAUUCGAGCGUUCGGUGAUGGCUUCAUCGUCAUGGACAUUUCGGGAAUUCACAAAGUUGGGCUGGACUUUUGUGGAUGCGAGAUUGCGCAAUCCCACCCCACUCAAUUGCUUUGCAAUCGCAUGCUCCCUGCCACUUCAGUGGAUCCGAAGACAGCAGCCACCUUUCGCCUUCUUGAAACAUUCCAUCUCAUCUCUGCACAGUCCAAGAUCUCCGGCUAUGAAUUCUAUACAGCUCUAGCACGUCGCACGGACAACACCGGUGUAAAUCCACCAAAGGAUCGUUAUCCUGCUUUCAUGAGGAUGAUGCGUGAAUGGCAACAUCUGAAGAUGCUCAAGUGUUCAGGGCGCGGGCAUGACCCUGGCAGAGUUGCAGCCACACUUCCUGGUGGUUGUGCAGUGCUGUGCCCUGCAUGUCUGCACCCCAGGAAGAAUUUACCUGCAGAUUGGGCUGACGUGCUGAAGGAUAAGAGCUGGCUCUACAGAUUAUUCUUAUCUAUUGAUGCCAACUUCAGGCUUAAGCGCAAGAAAGUAUCCUCUGAUCGUGUCGACCCAGGCCUCAACCACGGAUAUGCAUAUUUCGUGGAGGAGAAGGCAUACAAGGAGCACCUUCAUACAUACGACAAGGCGUUCCCAGAUGAAAUCAGCACAUGCAAUAACCACGACGCCCUGAAGCUUGCCAGCAUGAAAGGUGCACAUCAAAGUACUGCUGCGAGUGGCAUUGGGACUGUUGAUUGCGUGUGA